CCUCGGCUAAAACCUCGGUUUCCCUGCCGCUAUGGGAAGCAAGACUUCAAGGUCCCGGGACCUUCCCGCGCGGCCGGGCGCCGUGGGAGGCGUGGCUUCCCACUUAACUCCAGGCUGGGGGCGGGGUCGGCCAGGCCGCGGACAUCACCGGCUGGAUGUGGCGGGUCGCGGGAGAGCGGAGGGUGGAGCCCCAGCCCCGGGCCCCGCGGAAUGGAGGCGGGUUCGGGCGAGGCUCAGAGCGAGGUAGAUCGGCAGCCUGCCGCGGCGGUGAUCGAAGAGCGGCCGAGCCCCUGCGACCCGUGGCGGACGUUCCGCGAUCCAAAUGUCCGGCUCGCGGGGCGAGGUGGGCGCACGGCUCGGGGCCACCGCCACGGCUGGCAUGGAGCGGUGGCGGGACCGGCUGGCAUUGGUGACGGGAGCUUCGGGGGGCAUCGGCGCGGCUGUGGCCCGGGCUCUGGUCCAGCAGGGACUGAAGGUAGUGGGCUGUGCCCGCACCGUGGGCAACAUCGAGGGUAGAGGAUGGUACCAUGUGGGACAGAGGAAAAGAUCUGUCUCAACUUCCUCGCCUUUCCUAGAGGAGCUGGCUGCUGAAUGUAAGAGUGCAGGCUAUCCUGGGACUUUGAUCCCCCACAGAUGUGACCUAUCCAGCGAGGAGGACAUCCUCUCCAUGUUCUCGGCCGUCCGCUCUCAGCACAGUGGUGUGGACAUCUGCAUCAACAAUGCUGGCUUGGCCCGGCCUGACACCCUGCUCUCAGGCAGUACCAGCGGCUGGAAGGACAUGUUCAAUGUGAACGUGCUGGGCCUCAGCAUCUGCACCCGGGAGGCCUACCAGUCCAUGAAGGAGCGCAAGGUGGAUGACGGGCAUAUCAUUAACAUCAACAGCAUGUAUGGUCACCAAGUGUCACCCCACUCCGUGAUCCAUUUCUAUAGUGCUACCAAGUACGCUGUCACCGCACUGACAGAGGGACUGAGGCAAGAGCUUCGGGAAGCCCAGACCCACAUCCGAGCCACGUGUCUCAAGCCUGAGGAUGUGGCCGAGGCUGUCCUCUACGUCCUUAGCACCCCUCCACACGUCCAGAUUGGAGACAUCCAGAUGAGGCCCACGGAGCAGGUGAUCUAGUUUCCUGUGGGGCGCUCUGCCUUCCCUCCCUGCCCCUCACAGCUUGGCUCCUGCCUCUGGAUUUUAGGUGUUGAUUUCUGGACUCCUGGAUUCCGUUGCCUCUCCCCACCCCACCAGGGCCUAGAAAAUUCGAAGUUUUUAUAUCUUAUCAAAUUGUUCCCAUCACAAAUAUGAACAGUGAGCUGGGGAGAGGAGGUUGUGUCCCUGAUUAUUUUACCUGUUAACUCAUUCUCGGUCCCCUUCUUAGGCUCCUUGGCCUUUGUUUGCUCUCUUCCGUCUCUUCCUUUUGAUCUGGGGAAGGGACUGUAGCCAAAAGCGGGGCUUCCCCCUGUCCCUCAGCAGGAAGGUGGCAGACAGAAGCCCUAACCUUCUAUGGGAAUGGCUAUCCAAAGCUCCAGGCUUCCUCCUCUCCUGGCCCUACUGCCCCCAUCGCCCCCUUCACGACCCCCAUCCCAGUUCUCCAGCCCAGUCAUGGCUUCUUGGCUCCCACCGGGAUGAUCACUCCACACUGAUUGUGGCAGCUGAAUACCGGGGCCUGCCUCCCAAGUGGAUUUCACUGUGAGAAUUAAAAAAGAAAAAUUGCAACAACCUA